AAGUCGAUGCUGAACAUUUUUUGUUUGUCACAGGUCAUCUUCUACGAGGACAAGAACUUCCAGGGUCGCUCUUAUGAGUGCAUGAGCGACUGUGCUGACAUGUCCUCCUACCUGAGCCGCUGUCACUCAUGCAGAAUAGAGAGUGGCUGCUUCAUGAUGUAUGACCGUCCCAACUACAUGGGAAAUCAGUAUUUCUUCAGGAGGGGCGAGUACGCUGAUUACAUGUCUAUGUUUGGCAUGAGCGACUGCAUCAGGUCCUGCCGUAUGAUCCCCAUGUACAGGGGAUCCUACAGAAUGAGGAUCUACGAGAGGGAGAACUUCAUGGGUCAGAUGUACGAGCUGACAGAUGACUGUGACAACAUCAUGGACCGUUACCGCAUGUCUCACUGCCAGUCCUGUCAUGUGAUGGACGGCCACUGGCUCAUGUAUGAGCAGCCCCACUACAGAGGCAGGAUGUGGUACUUCAGGCCUGGAGAGUACAGGAGCUUCAGCAAUAUGGGUGGCAUGAGAUUCAUGAGCAUGAGGCGUAUCAUGGACUCCUGGUAUUAA